GGGCUAAGAACCAAACUGUAUUUUCAAAGUUCAAAUCAAAACAUCUCUUUAGUUUCUCUCUCUUCCACUGCACUCUCUUCUGCAAGUCUCUCUCUUUCUAGAAAUCGAUAGCAGUGCUAUGGAGCCGAUAUGGACGAGGAUGGAGUCGCUGCGUAUGGCCUGCGACAGAGACAAACUAGCUAAGCAGCACAAGAUCGACGCCUGGGCAGACUCGUUUAGAGAAUCCCGAACGUUGAUCCACACCAAAGGACAAGAAACCAUCAAAUCUCAAGGUAAACUUGCGGAGGUUAAGAGUAAGUUGAGGGAGGCAGAAGAUGAUUUGGUGAAAGCACUAUCAGUGAAGAACCGUAAAGAGGCCAAGCGCAUUGCCAUUGUGGAAUCUCUUGCUGCUAAAAAAAACAGUGUGGAAGAACUUAAAAGACAUGUUCAAGAUCAGAGGGCUAAGAGAGAUGAAUAUGCUGAAAUUGUUUCUGAUCUAUCUUCAGUAUCUGAAGAAACAGGUAGCCAAAAUGAUAAAGAUGAAAUACAGGAAGCCCUCUCUUGGUACAAUAGGGUUCUUGGUUUCCAUGUUGAAGGCGGGCAUGGUGUGAAAUUCGUAUUCAAGAACAUUAGUUUGAAAAAUCCAAAUGAGGAAUAUUCAUUCACCAUUCGCCAUGCUGACAAUAUUUACUACUUGUUAGAUUGCAAUCCACACUUGAAUGACAUCAAGGAGUUGGUCCAUGAAUUGAACAGAACAAAUGGGUUAUUUGCAUUUGUCAGAAUAAUGAGGCAGAAGUUUCAAGAAGUUGCCGCCCAAGUAGGAUAUUUACCUGAGACAACAAGUCUUCCUCAAGAGUCUUCUAUAGUUUCUGCCUCUGCACCAGCUUCGUCAGCUUCAACUGAUAGAAGUGAAUCUUUGCCUAAGAAAAAUGAACACCAACUUCCCCAUGGUGAAGUUGAUAGACAGAGCAAGAAACAAAACAGAGGAAAGGGCUUUAACAAUGUACUUGUAUCGCCUGGAUCUGCUCGCCGCUCUCCUCGUUUUUUGGGCAAAAAAUGAUGGUGGAGAAGAGGCUGCUGUCCCCUCUCAGUAAAUGCAAGCGUGUUUACAACAUUCUGAUCUGUGCUGGUCAUAACUUAUGACUCGUGUGCUUUACAGCUGAUACUUGAAAAAGGCAGGAAGCUUUAACAAAAAACCAUCAUGCGCAUGCUACAUGGUGCCCUUUUUCACUUCUAUAUUUUGUGUAUGGAAUUAUUUUAAUAGCUAAUGGAAUGUAAGGGUGACAAUCCCCAGAGCUCUAAUUUCUGGACCUCUAUAUUCUUUCAUUUUGCCAUUUUUGUAGCCUAGCCGUUUCUAAGCUUAAUUUAAAAGGUUUGAUUAGUGAUUUAAAUGCAAGGAUUCAAGGAACAACUUUAUGUGAAUUUCUUCAUUGUAUAAAUAACAUGUAACCAUAGUACUGUUCUCUCUC